AUGGUUUACAUGGCUAAACUCCGGGAUCAGGAGAAACCUGUUGCUGUAAAGAAGUUACCUCUAUACACAAAGAAGUUUGAUCAAAUAACAAAUGAAGUGUAUGCGGGCCAAAAGUUGAAACAUGACAAUCUUGUGGAGCUAUUGGCUGUCUUUGACCCAAAUGUUCAAGGGCAACUUAAUUGGGAGAGGAGAGUUGGGAUCUGCCGUGGAAUAGCAAAGGGUCUGGAGUAUCUCCAUGAACUUGCAACUGGCAAAAUUAUUCAUAGAAAUAUAAAAGCCAGUAAAGUUCUUCUUGAUGAAGAUUUUAACGCCAAGUUAUCUGACUUAGGACUAGCAAUGCUUUAUGACGAGGAUGAGCCGCAUGAUUUUCUCCAAAAAAUAGCUGCAGCGGUUACAUACAUGGCACCUGAGGUGCUAAAGAAGGAAUCCGUAACAGAUAAAGCUGAUGUUUUCAGUUACGGGAUUGUUUUGCUUGAAAUAAUUAGUGGGCAGAGCGUUGCUUGCGAUGAGGAUGUCCAUGGAAAAGACGCGGCUGGGGGCCGCAAAGGGGACAAGCGACCUGAAGGAAGAGGUCGCGAAGCUGAAGCAGAGCUUGGAGUCCGUCGAAGCGGAAAGAACACAUGCUUUUGA